AUGUCUCUCUGCCCCGGGGGAGAUGUGUACGGAGCCAUUCCGUCCAUAGGACACUUUGGAGCACCCAACCUGGGCCCGAAUUUUGGGAGGGCCUGCAAUGCAGCUCCCACCACCGCAAUUCUUUACUUGGUUCAUGUUAUCUGUCAUGUUCUGUUUUUUAUUCAACAGGUCACUGGUUACUUAGAUGAUUGCACCUGUGAUGUGGAAACCAUAGAUACAUUUAACAACAACAAGCUUUUUCCUAAAUUAAAUAAACUUCUGGAAAGUGACUACUUCAGACAUUACAAGGUAAACCUAAAGAAACCUUGCCCUUUUUGGAAUGACAGCAGUCACUGUGGGAUAAGAUACUGCACCGUAAAGCCUUGCCCACCCAAUGGAGACUCUGGUGGAACUGAAUCUCCAAGCUACAAGUAUUCAGAAGAAGCCAGCGACCAUGUUGGAGAAUGUGAGGAGGCUAAGCGACUUGGCGCCGUUAAUGAAUCUUUGAGCGAUGAAACCCAGCGAGCCAUGGUUCAGUGGACCCGGCAUGAAGAUUCUUCAGACAACUUUUGUGAAGCUGACGAUGAGCAGUCGCCUGAUGCGGAGUAUGUGGAUUUACUCCUUAACCCGGAACGCUACACGGGUUACAAAGGCCCAGAGGCUUGGAAGAUCUGGAACAGCAUUUACGAGGAAAAUUGUUUCAAGCCUCACAACAUAAGAAGACCUUUAACUCCCUUGGCUUCUGGUAGAGGAGCUAAUGAUGGACAUGCCUUUUACCGUUGGCUGAAAGGCCUCUGCGUAGAGAAGCGAGCUUUCUACAGACUCAUUUCUGGCCUACAUGCAAGCAUCAACAUCCAUUUGAGCGCCAGGUACCUCUUGCAAGAUACGUGGUCAGGGACAAAGUGGGGACACAACCUUACCGAGUUUCAAAACAGAUUUGAUGAAGUCCUUACUCGAGGAGAAGGUCCCAAGAGGCUCAAGAAUCUGUAUUUCCUCUACCUAAUUGAAUUGCGGGCAAUGUCAAAAGUUCUGCCAUUCUUUGAGCGCCCAGGAUUCCAGCUGUUCACGGGGAAUGAAAAUAAAGAUCGAGAAACCAAAAACCAGCUCCUGGAAGUCCUUCAACUAACCAAGUCUUUCCCUUUGCACUUCAAUGAAAACUCUCUGUUUGCCGGAAAUAAAAAGGAAGCUGCUAAAUUAAAGGAGGAAUUUAGGCUCCAUUUUAGGAAUAUUUCAAGAAUCAUGGACUGUGUUGGAUGUUUAAAAUGUCGUCUGUGGGGAAAAUUGCAGACUCAGGGCUUGGGUACAGCUUUGAAGAUCCUGUUUUCACAAAAACUGAUCGAAAACAUGCCAGAAACCGGCCCGUCUUAUGAAUUCCAGCUAACAAGACAAGAAAUCAUCUCUUUCGUUAAUGCUUUUGGAAGAAUUUCAACUAGUGUUAAAGAGCUGGAAAACUUCAAGAACUUGUUACGCAAUGUAUAGUGAACUUGUCUCUGAGAAAAAGACUUGGGUACCUUUUUUUAAAUUCUGUUUUCUACAAAACAGAGGAAAAUUGGGUUUCCUUCAAACUUCAGGCAACUAGAAAGGAAAAGACACUGGAAGAACUCUUCACUUUACAGAAUGAUUGAUGGUGUCAGUAACCUGCUGAGUCCUAAUCUUUUGUACAAAGAAGCUGCUUUUUGUAAAGGGGUGGGGAAAACAGAUUUGACUGUAAAGUAAAAUGAUCAAUUUUUAUUUUUUAAAGAUACGUUUGAAUAACGAUUGACUGAUUAAACACAUACUGCACUCCUUCCUGUUUGUCUACC